AUGUCAUCAUCCAAUAUAUCAAUGCCUCUAACUCUAAAAACAUUCUUUUCAUAUUCAAUAUCUAUAUUUCAAACUACCGUGUCAUUCCUUCUGCUUUUAUUAAUACAUUUCACAAUUUCAACCAAACUAUCAAAAAUGCUUAUUGAUUCUGGAAUUGCUUCAGUUGAAGCAAAUAGAAUACAACUUUUAUUAUUAAUUUAUGCGACAAUAUGUCCUUUGAUUUAUCAUCUUCUAAAAAAAUUCUUUCCACCAUUUAUUUCAAAUCGAAGAAAAUGGAUAAUAGUGGGUCUUACCACAAUUGUAAUAUCAAUUCAGCUACUACUCGGAGUCAUUCUGUUGAAGAAAAACGUUCAAGGUUUUGAGGUAAAUCUUCGUCUUGCAAUUUCUCUGAAAUGUCUAUGUUUUGUGAUAAUAACAUCAUUAUCAAUAGGUCCAUUAAUGAUUCAUAAUAUGUACUUGGAUGCAGUAUCUCCUCAAUGUUCCGAUCGUAUCAAUCCAUAUUUUAUGAGCAACAUGGGUUGUGCUCUUAUUCGAUUUUUCACUCUGUUGCCAAUUAUUAUUAUAUGCGCUCUUUUUAACAAACCAGAGGAUUAUGUUCCAUGUUUCACCGCUCUUUUGCCUCUUCUAUCUGUUAAUAUAAUGGCAUACGCAUUAGAAAGUCCACCCAAAAUUCAUUUGGUAUCAAACAACGAACGGAAUGAUGAGGUUGAAUCACAAUUCUAAAAAUAUUUUUUUUUUAAUAAUUGAAUAAAGUUUUCAUUUAUGAA